ACGGAACAAUUCAGCCCCCCCCUCACCUCCGCUGUCGCUGUCGCAACGCCCUUUCCAUUGGUCUCCCUGCGAGAAGGCGGUCUCCUAUUCACCAUUCAAGCGGCGUCUGCCUAUCAUAUCGAACAGUCCAACGGGCAAGCAAGGAGUGAGGUGCUGAGUGAGCUGGGCAAUUCGGGCAUCUUCCGGUCUCUCUUUCAGUUCGUCAGGCGGUUUGAAGUUGUGGUCUUCGUAAGACAUGCCGAUACCGUGACAUCCAUCUCGGCAUUACAAAGAUUGAUAACACCACCACGGCCAACACACACACACACAUACACACAGCGCUCAGCAUUCUUUCAGUCCCAGUCAGCUCCCCAGAGUCUUCUCCCCACAAACACCAACCUUCCAGCCGGGCUGUACUUAUAAUAAGAAGAAGCUUGCACUCUUCCAACCCUUGCUUGUUUCUACACCGUAACAGCCCGAUUGAUUCCCUUGCAGACUGCCAAUAUUGGGUACCGCCUACGCACCGCUUCGUGUUGCGCACACCCAGGUUGGACGACAUGAUGGCUCCUCAUGCAUGGGCCACAGGCCCUCGAAAGAGAUCGCGGGAGGACGAUUAUGCAGACGCCGCAAUGGGAGGGGUAUCAGGCUUCUCUGAGCACCGAACUAAACGCCAACAAAUAUUGCCUGUUCGGACAUCACCCACUGCCAAAAGAUGGAUGUCCACACCGAGUUUUCCGCAAGAGGACCCACAGCCCGUCGUCUCGGGCUACCAGUACUAUGGGGCGCCGGACAUCUCAGAUCAUAAUGACCCUGCGGUCACAGAGCAGCACGUAUGGGCGGCCGAGCCGGAGCUACCGUCAAAUUACAGCCCGGACAGCAUGGACAUGGAAAUGAUGGACUGCGAACCGGAACCGAGACAUCCAGAACUGCAGCAACAGCACCAGCAGCAGCAGUACCUCCAACCAGGCAACUUUCAACCAGACCACUUGGCGCCUGAACCCAGCAUCAGUGAGCGUAUCCCGACGCCCAUUCAUUGCAGCUUCGCCGAGCAAGGCCGGGGUAAGCACUGGGGGGGAGCGGCGGGUAACAUCACCAUGGACCACCGGGGUUCAUAUGGGGUCCCUCCGCCUACACAGCAGCACCACGAGCCAUCCGUCUCGCUACUAGGCCACGAAAGCGUUCCUCGUUCUCUCGACGGCGCCGCAGCUACCGCACAGGUGAUGGAGGACUGGAGCAUGGUGCAGAACCGUCGACUCCCUUCUCCUAUUAGUGAGGUAGGAGGGGACAUGGAGGACAGUGGCAUGGGGGAAAGUCCGCGGAUGAUUCUCGAGUCGUACCACGCCGGCCAUCAACAUCACCAUGACCACGACCACUGCAACGACCAGCAAAACCAGUUCCCCCGCCAACGCCUCAGCAGCCUCGAUCAACUAACCCACAGCCAUCCACUCCUCUCCGCCAUGCCGUUACGCAACUCUUCUCUUAACAGCCAAAUGGGGCCCCGCGAGCCGACACCUAUUCCCCAGGGAGAAUACCAAAGCCACGGCCAUAGUCAUGGUCAUAGUCAUGGUAGUUUCGAUGGUGUCGAGAUAGACAUGGGAUCCCCACAGACAUCGCCCAAAACCACGUCACCCCCUAACAAAAGGGGCCAUCAGCGCUCUAAACACACGGUCAGCUCGUGGACAAUGGCCAACCAGCCGGGCAUGAAGAGGUCGUUCAGCAUAGGGUAUCGGGAUGACUGCGAGAAGUGCCGGUUGAAAGUCCCAGGACAUUUCAACCAUAUUAUCGUGUCGUAGGAUGGCGGUAGGCGAAUGAUCAGCUGAUCUUCUCUUCACAUCUUCAUUCAAUUCUUCUGGGUGGGAGAGGAGGAGAGCAGUGGGGGAGCUUCGUCGAAGCUUGGAGAAGAGUACCUUGUGGGGUGGCUCCGGAGGACCUGGGAUGAGAAAGGAGAGGAUUGAUAGGGUCGGAGACGGAGCUAUGUCUCCAGGGGGUCUCAGAAAUCGAGUGCCCUGAGUUUGGCUGCUCUACUACGACCAUAUCAGGACUUCGAACCGCCGUGGCAAUGCAACGGCAUUGCACCACGUCUUACCUGGUCCGGAGGAGUAUUAAGGACACAGCGUUGGGGGGGAAAAGAAGAAAAAAGCCAAACCCUAUUACAUAUAUCUCUUUUGCUUUCACUUGGUUGCCCUUCGGAGUUCGGGGCCUUUUAGGGGAAGGCGGGAGUCGUCAUUGACAUUUACAAACAUCACACGGUCGUUUAUAUACCAAGUUGAUUCCCACAACCGGGAUGAGACACAGCGCAUGGGGAAGAAAGCAGAGAUGAUUAUGAGAUGGUGACUGAUCAUAGUUACCCAAAUUUAAGUUUACUAGCUCGACUAAUUGCAUUACGCAGAUAACAAUGAUUGACGAAUAAUAUAAUAUGUGAAGUCUAC